AUGACGAACGCCUCUUUCAACGGCCUACAGAGGAAAGGUUCUGUCUGGAAGACGUACGAGAAUGCAAAGAAGCGAGGCGCAGAGUUACAAAGGGAGAAGUGGGCGCAAAUUGUGUUUGAAUACGGCAUCUACUUGUUCCUUCUGUGUUUCAUCUACUUUGUCCUCAUUGGCCAACCUCUGUGGAUGGGAGCCGUCUGGUGGUUGUACUGGGUGGUCGAGAACAAGUUUGUCUUCACUGGCGGCUUCGCCAUCACCCUCGGCAUAGCCUUGUUCUACGCCUUCGUUCCUCUCCUCAUCUUUUUCGAAAAGGACCCUCCUCCAGCCACAUCUACUGCCGAAACCAAGAUCCAGGAUAAUGUCAAGGAUACUGCGCUCCUGAUUCCCUGUUACAAGUCUGCCCAGCUUAUUGGCGCCACGCUUGAAGCAGCCUUAAAGAUCUUCCCACCGUCGCACAUCUACGUCCUAGCCAAUGGAAAUAGCCCUACACCUCUCGACAACACCGAGGAAGUGUGCGCACCUUACGGAGUCAACCACCUGUGGUGUCCAAUUGGCUCUAAGAUUGUUGCCCAGUAUGUCGGAGCCUAUGCAGCCAAGGCUUUCAAAAACGUGCUGCUCAUCGAUGACGAUUGCGCACUACCCGACAACUUUCCAGUCGUGACUGAUCGUCUCAAGGGCAAUGUCAUGUGCCUGGGCUACACCAUCAAGUCUGUGGGACCUAACUCCUCUAAGGGCAACUUGUGCCAGCAGGCGCAAGAUCUUGAGUACAAGCUCAGUGGCAUCCAGCGCGAGUUUGCUGGCAAGGUUGGCUCGGCCACGUUUCCCCAUGGUGCUAUCGCUCUCUGGGAUCGCGAUCUCCUCAUCAAGACAUUCCACGAACAUCCUGGAUUCAGCGUCUCUGAGGAUUGGUUUUUCGGUCACGUUGCACGCAAGCUCGGGUCUCGUAUCAAGAUGUGCUCGCAGGUCUUUGUCGAGACAGAAACACCGACUGCUGUGUUCUUCUCGUCAGGUGGCUCUCGUGGUGGUUUUGGUGAAAUGACCAUCUUCUCGCAGCGCUUCAAACGCUGGAAUUUCUUCUUUGUUAACGGCAUGUACUACAACAUGGCCUACAUCUUCGGCAGCUGGAAACUCGGCUGGUGGGAAAUCGGCGCAAAGAUCUUCGUCUUCCAAGAGGUCUACGAGACUCUACUCUACCUCGUCUCUCCUUUCAUUCUUCCCAUCUCGUUUAUUGUCAGGCCCAGCUUUGCCGGUAUUCUUCUCGCCGCCACCAUCCUCAUGUACCUGAUCAACACGGUCAUCUUCAACGAGGUUCACUUGCGACGUAAGAACGAACGCCUCGGCUGGGUACUCGUUUACGUCUAUUAUCUUCCCUACAAGAUCGUCCUCACCGGCGUCAAUGUCGCAAGCUGCUAUUGGUCGCUCUACAAAUACGCCCGCUAUUUCGCAAAGCGCCACCCUAAAGUCAUCGAAGACGAAAAAGCCGUUGAGGUCAUCGUGCGUCUGGAAGAAACUCAGAUGGCGGCCGGCGCUGGUGGUCUCGGACGAAGCCUGACUGUGCGUACCGUGCGCACCAGACAGACGCCUGAUCAUCCCGAUCAAGACAACGUAGAUCCUUUUGAGCAAGCACACGCCGAGGGUAUUGCGGCUGUCGACUACGCCGCUAUCAAUAACGUCAAUGUCGAUCGCCAGCCUUCUCAUUCCAACAGCGAUCCGUUUGGGGACAGUAAUAGAGCUAGCUUGCAUGCGACAGUCAGAGAUACGGACACCUUGAUGUCCAACCACCCUGGCAAAAGCAUUUGA